AUGGGCACGCUGUGCAUCCUGUGGCUGCUUGUCAGUAUCUACAGUGCGGGAGUUAACUCCUCCGAAACCUCCAUUCGCUCGAAGAACGCUCUCGCUUCAGACGAUAGUGUAAGAGUUUUACGAGUGCACGAAUCCGCGGACGUGGGCAACAUCAGCAAUGCAGAUGAGGAGAGGGUAAGCAGCGGGGCGUGGGUGUCGAGACUUGCGGAAUUGGACAAGAAGACGUCGAAGUUUCAGAAGCUUGACAUGCAACUUGCUCAGAAAGUCUGGAUCUAUAAUGGUAAGAAUCCAAAGUUCAUGUUCAAGUAUCUGGACAUCUUCAACACCUGGGCGAAAAUCGACAACAGCAAGCGAACGAUCCAAUGGUUUCGAUUCACCAAGGCGUUCAGGGACAAGAAGGGGGCUGGUAGUUCCCCCAAUUAUGAUAUCUACACGCUGUUGCGCAGUAAAGUCCCGGAAGAUAAGCUGGCCAUCACCUUCGAAUCGCUCAAACAAAUCCCCGAUGUGAGAAAUUUGGCUGAAACCAUGCAGAACUACCAGCUCAAGCUGUGGAUCGACCAGAAGGAAACCCCAACCAGUAUCAGAAGACUGCUAGGCAUCCCACACAGUACGGCCCUGAAAACGGAGCGCGGUCGAAAGGAUGAAAUUCUCAGCACGUUUAUCAAGAUGUAUAACGGUGGAAGCAAAAUGACAAGGAGUACAACGAUCGUCUAG